AUGGCCGUGGCAUCAGUCCCAAUCACAUACGGUGGUGACAGGAUGCUGAGCUCGGUCGCAGCACUGAACGGUCGCGUCUUCGACACUGAUCCUGUCAUUGCGUACAUGCUGCUGAGCAUGUCUCAAGAAGAAAGGUUGGCUUAUCUGCCGACAUACUGGACCGCGCUCAUCAAGUCAGCCUUGCUUAAUCACGCAGUGAUCACCGAAGCCGAUGACUGGAAAGCGGCCUCUGUCAUGAUUCCCCCGGGUGGAUACAUUGAAAAUGCCUGGACUCUUCUGUGGGCUGGAUUUCUGGGCGUCCUAUGGAGAAUAGGAUUCGCAGGCAUCAAGGUAGGCGAAAGCCCAACAUUCUCGCUGCGAACACUCCUAACCUCACUGAUUAUCCAGCGCCUUUGGUUCGAAUUCUCUGGUAUGACCGACAAUGCAAAGAGAAAUGGUCUACGUGGUCACAAACAGUACUACUACAUUUUCAGUCUCGGAACCGAACACGAACACCGUGGAAAAGGCAUUGCCAAAGCAAUCAUGCGGGAUCACCAGCAGACCGCCCAAGCCGCGAACCUCCCGAUCUGGCUCGAAGCAACGACUGAAGGCUCACGUGCUCUCUACCUGUCGAUGGGAUUUGAGGAAAUUGAAGAGAUUCGGCUCGGGAAGGGCAAGGUCGCUGCCGAUGCUAGCCUUCAGUCUGGUGGGCCAGGAGUAUCCCUUUGGGCGAUGGUAUGGUGGCCAAACCGAACUCCUGAUGCUAUUCCUUAG